AUGAGUAAUGAACAGACUGUCAUUGUGAGAAAUUCCGCACAGUCACUUGGCGCGCAUGAAGAGAAUUUUGCCACCGAGAGAAGGACAACCGAUCGUCAGGCCCAUAUUGGAUCUGUGAUAUCCAUCAGUGGAGAGCCAAGCGCACCUUUGUCCCUGAUGCAUCAUCGUUCUGCAAUGGAGAGAUCUGCGUUCCAUCCUGUUCAUCAUUUACCCCCAGGCUUUCUCCCUUUCAAUCACGGACCCAGCUUGUUCCCUUCCAGUUCCCUGACCUCCCCAUACCUUCCCGGACCAUCACACGUGGGCAUACCUACUUUCGGACCAGCACCAGUUCUGUGCGGCGGCAGUGUUCCAUUUCUACGAUCAUACCAGCCCUACAUGCACAAGUUCUUAAACCCAGCAGUUAUUGGUUCUUCCAGAGUGUCUCCCAGAGAGCACUCCAGUGAUGAUGGCCCAAAGAAAUGCCCCGUAUGCGGGAAAUCUUAUGCACGAUUGUCUACCUUGAGACUGCAUUUGCGCACACAUAGUGGAGAGAAGCCAUACCAGUGCCUGGUUUGUUUAAAGUCCUUCUCUCAAGCUGCCAAUCUAACGGCGCAUUUCCGCAUUCACUCCGGUGAAAAACCAUUCAAGUGUCACAUCUGCAACCGUCAGUUCUCGCAGUCUUCGUCUGUGACUACGCACAUGCGCACACACAAUGGAGAACGACCCUAUCGAUGUCGUGUGUGCACAAAGGCGUUCGCGGAUAGUUCCACGCUCACUAAACACAUGCGCACUCACACCGGUGAGAAACCUUACCAGUGCGAUGUUUGUUACCAAAGGUUUUCCCAGUCGGGGAAUCUUAAUCGCCACAAGCGAAUCCACAACGACGCAUAA